AUGGGCGUUCCAGACGGUACAACAAACGGCCAUGGAGGCUCUCGCGCCGCCAAAUACAACCUCCCCUCACAUUUUAUCGGUGGCAACCACCUGGACGCUGCUCCCCCGAGUAGCGUUAAGGACUUUGUGGCUAACCAUGAAGGUCACUCCGUCAUUACUUCGGUUCUUAUCGCCAACAACGGUAUUGCGGCCGUCAAGGAGAUUCGAUCCGUCCGAAAAUGGGCCUACGAGACCUUUGGCAACGAGCGUGCCAUUCAAUUCACAGUGAUGGCAACACCAGAAGAUUUGGCGGCAAACGCCGAUUACAUUCGUAUGGCUGAUCAAUAUGUUGAGGUCCCCGGUGGUACGAAUAACAACAACUACGCCAACGUCGAGCUGAUUGUGGAUGUGGCUGAGCGAAUGGACGUCCACGCCGUCUGGGCCGGUUGGGGUCACGCCUCUGAGAACCCCCGGUUACCAGAAUCGCUCGCUGCGUCACCUAAGAAGAUUAUCUUCAUUGGACCCCCUGCCUCUGCGAUGCGCUCUCUUGGUGACAAGAUUUCUUCCACAAUCGUUGCACAGCACGCCGAAGUGCCUUGUAUUCCGUGGUCUGGAACCGGUGUGGAUGAGGUGGAGGUCGAUACGAGCGGCAUUGUUACCGUGAGGGACGAGAUCUACAACAAGGGAUGCACAUUCUCGCCGGAGGAGGGUCUUGAGAAGGCCAAGGAAAUCGGGUUCCCCGUCAUGGUUAAGGCCUCCGAGGGUGGCGGUGGUAAGGGUAUCCGUAAGGUUGAGAAGGAAGAGGACUUCAUCAACUUGUACAAGGCCGCCGCCAACGAAAUUCCCGGGUCACCGAUCUUCAUCAUGAAGCUGGCCGGUAACGCCCGCCAUUUGGAAGUGCAGUUGCUGGCUGACCAGUACGGUAACAACAUCUCCCUCUUCGGCCGUGACUGUUCAGUGCAACGACGACACCAGAAGAUCAUUGAGGAGGCGCCAGCGACCAUUGCCAACCCCACAACCUUCCAAGCCAUGGAGCGCGCCGCCGUAAGCCUGGGUAGGCUUGUCGGUUAUGUUUCGGCUGGUACGGUUGAGUACUUGUACUCUCAUGCCGAUGACAAGUUCUACUUCCUGGAGCUCAACCCCCGUCUGCAGGUCGAGCAUCCUACCACUGAGAUGGUUACUGGUGUCAACUUGCCCGCUGCCCAACUCCAGAUUGCCAUGGGUAUCCCUCUGCACCGCAUUCGCGACAUCCGUCUACUCUACGGUGUCGACCCCAACACAUCGGCCGAGAUCGACUUCGACUUCUCCAACGAAGAGAGCUACAAGACCCAGCGCCGCCCCCAGCCCAAGGGACACACCACUGCUUGCCGUAUCACUUCUGAGGACCCCGGUGAGGGUUUCAAGCCUUCCAGCGGUACCAUGCACGAGCUGAACUUCCGAAGUUCCUCCAACGUCUGGGGUUACUUCUCCGUCGGUACGUCUGGUGGUAUUCACAGUUUCUCCGACAGUCAAUUUGGUCACAUCUUCGCUUACGGUGAGAACCGAUCCGCCUCGCGGAAGCACAUGGUCAUUGCCCUGAAGGAACUGAGCAUUCGUGGUGAUUUCAGAACGACCAUUGAGUACCUGAUUAAGCUUCUGGAGACGCCAGCCUUUGAGGAAAACAAGAUUACCACUGGUUGGUUAGAUCAGCUGAUUUCCAACAAGUUGACCGCUGAGCGCCCUGAUACCACCAUCGCUGUUCUCUGCGGUGCUGUCACCAAAGCCCACCAGGCCAGCGAGGCGCGCCUUGAGGAGUACCGCAACGGCAUCCAGAAGGGUCAGGUUCCCUCCAAGGAUGUGCUCAAGACUGUCUUCCCCGUUGACUUCAUCUACGAGGGCAAGCGGUACAAGUUCACUGCUACCCGCGCCGGCCUUGACAGCUAUCACCUCUUCAUCAAUGGCUCCAAGUGCUCUGUUGGCGUCCGUGCCCUGGCCGACGGUGGUCUCCUGGUCCUCCUGAACGGUCGCAGCCACAACGUUUACUGGAAGGAAGAGGCUGCUGCCACCCGCCUCAGCGUUGAUGGCAAGACCUGCUUGCUCGAGCAGGAGAAUGACCCUACUCAGCUCCGUACUCCCUCUCCCGGAAAGCUCGUCAAGUUCACCGUCGAGAACGGCGAGCAUGUCCGCGCUGGCCAGGCCUUUGCUGAGGUCGAAGUCAUGAAGAUGUACAUGCCUCUGAUUGCGCAAGAAGAUGGUAUCGUGCAGCUCAUCAAGCAGCCCGGAGCCACCCUUGAGGCUGGUGAUAUUCUCGGUAUCCUUGCCCUUGAUGACCCGUCUCGCGUCAAGCAUGCUCAGCCUUUCACCGAGCAACUUCCGCCUAUCGGUGCUCCUCAGGUCGUCGGUAGCAAGCCCGCCCAGCGUUUCUUCCUUCUGCACAGCAUUCUGGAGAACAUUCUGAAGGGUUUCGACAAUCAGGUCAUCAUGAACUCUACUCUCAAGGAGCUUAUUGAGGUUCUCCGCGACCCCGAGCUGCCUUACAGCGAGUGGAACGCCCAGUCUUCUGCCCUUCACUCUCGCAUGCCUCAGAAGCUUGACGCGCAGCUUCAGAAUCUUGUUGAUCGCGCCCGGUCCCGCAAGAGUGAGUUCCCCGCCAGGCAGUUGCAGAAGGCCAUGGUCCGUUUCAUUGAAGAGAACGUCAACCCUGCCGACGCCGAGAUCCUGAAGACCACCCUCCUUCCUCUGGUCCAGGUCAUCAACAACUACCUUGAUGGCUUGAAGGCACACGAAUACAACGUGUUCGUUGGCCUUCUGGAGCAAUACGUUGCUGUCGAGAAGCUGUUCUCUGGCAGCAAGGCCCGCUAUGAGGAUGGUAUCCUUGCCCUUCGUGAGGAGCACAAGGAUGACGUCGCCACCGUUGUGCAGAUUGCUCUGUCUCACAGCCGUAUUGGCGCCAAGAACGAUCUCAUUCUCGCCAUCCUGGCUAUCUACCGCCCCAACCAGCCUGGUAUGGCCAAUGUUGGCCAGUACUUCAAGUCUGUCCUGAAAAAGUUGACGGAUAUUGAAUCGCGCGCUGCUGCCAAGGUCACCCUGAAGGCUCGUGAGGUCCUCAUCCAGUGCGCUCUGCCCUCUCUCGAGGAGCGUCUUUCUCAGAUGGAGCUUAUUUUGCGAUCCUCUGUUGCGCAGUCCCAGUACGGCGAGACCGGCUGGGCCCACCGUGAGCCCGAUCUCGGUGCCCUCAAGGAGGUUGUCGAUUCCAAGUACACUGUGUUCGACGUCUUGCCCCGGUUCUUCGUUCACAAGGAUGCGUGGGUCACUUUGGCUGCCCUCGAGGUCUACGUGCGCCGCGCCUACCGUGCUUAUUCGAUUCAGGGUAUGCAAUACCACCACCAGGGCGAGCCUGCGUUCCUCUCCUGGGACUUCACCAUGGGCAAGCUCGGUCUGCCUGAGUUUGGCUCUAUGGCUUCUGUCACCAACCCUUCCACGCCUAGCACCCCUACCACAGAGUCGAACCCCUUUAAGCGCAUUGCUUCGAUCAGCGAUAUGUCCAACCUCCUGAACGACAGCCCCGAUGCCACUCCCAGAAAGGGUGUUAUUCUUCCCGUUCAGUACCUUGAGGAUGCUGAAGAGUACCUCACCAAGGCUCUGGAAGUGUUCCCCAAGGCUGGAGCCAAGAAGCCCAGCGACCGCGGCCUUAUCGCCUCCCUUGAGGGCAAGCGCCGCCCCGCUCCCCGUGCUGACAGCGAGUCUACUGAGCUGUCUGGCGUCCUCAACGUCGCCAUCCGUGACAUUGAAAACCUUGAUGAUGCCCACAUCGUCGCUCAAAUCAGCAAGGUCGUCUCUGGCUUCAAGGAGGAGUUCCUCGCUCGCCGCAUUCGUCGUGUGACGUUCAUCUGUGGCAAGGACGGAGUCUACCCCAGCUACUACACCUUCAGGGGUCCCGCUUACGAGGAGGAUGAGAGCAUUCGCCACAGCGAGCCUGCUCUGGCUUUCCAGCUCGAACUCAACCGUCUCUCCAAGUUCAAGAUCAAGCCUGUCUUCACCGAGAACAGGAACAUUCACGUCUACGAGGCGAUUGGAAAGGGACCUGAGAACGACAAGGCUCUGGACAAGAGAUACUUUGUUCGUGCUGUCGUCCGUCCCGGUCGUCUCCGUGACGAUAUUCCCACCGCGGAGUACCUUAUUUCCGAGGCUGACCGCUUGAUGAACGACAUUCUUGAUGCACUUGAGGUCAUUGGCAAUAACAACUCUGAUCUCAACCACAUCUUCAUCAACUUCUCCCCUGUGUUUAACCUGCAGCCCAAGGAUGUGGAAGAGGCUCUGGCUGGCUUCCUGGACCGCUUCGGCCUGCGUCUGUGGCGUCUCCGUGUCACUGGUGCUGAGAUUCGCAUCCUGUGCACUGACCCCGCCACCGGCAUGCCCUACCCUCUCCGUGUGAUUAUCAGCAACACCGUCGGAUACAUUAUCCAGGUUGAGCUGUACAUUGAGCAGAAGUCUGAGAAGGGCGAGUGGCUCCUCCACAGCAUCGGUGGCACCAACAAGCUUGGCUCUAACCACCUCCGUCCUGUUUCUACUCCUUACCCGACCAAGGAGUGGCUGCAGCCUAAGCGCUACAAGGCUCACGUUAUGGGCACCCAGUACGUCUACGAUUUCCCUGAGCUCUUCCGUGAGGCUUUCCAGAACUCGUGGACCAAGGCCAUUGAGAAGAGCCCCAGCUUGAUCGAGCGUCGCCCUCCACUUGGUGAGUGCAUGGAAUACAGCGAGCUGGUCUUGGAUGACCGCGACAACUUGGUCGAGAUUUCUCGCGGCCCUGGUACCAACACUCACGGUAUGGUUGGUUGGAUCGUCACUGCUCGUACUCCCGAGUACCCUGACGGUAGACGCUUCAUCAUUGUCGCCAACGACAUUACCUUCCAGAUCGGUUCUUUCGGUCCUUUGGAAGACAAGUUCUUCCACAAGUGUACCGAAUUGGCUCGUGAGCUCGGUAUCCCCCGUAUCUACCUGUCUGCCAACUCUGGUGCUCGUAUCGGUAUGGCUGAUGAGCUCAUCCCCUACUUCUCGGUUGCAUGGAACGACCCUGCUAAGCCCGAGGCUGGCUUCAAGUACCUGUACCUCACCCCUGAGGUUAAGGAGAAGUUUGAUGCCAGCAAGAAGAAGGAGGUUAUCACUGAGCUGAUCCACGAUGAGGGUGAGGAACGCCACAAGAUUACCACCAUCAUUGGUGCCAAGGACGGUCUCGGUGUUGAGUGUCUGAAGGGCUCUGGUCUCAUUGCCGGUGCCACUUCCCGCGCCUACGAAGACAUCUUCACUAUUACCCUCGUGACCUGCCGUUCCGUCGGUAUUGGUGCCUACCUCGUCCGUCUUGGACAGAGGGCUAUCCAAGUCGAGGGUCAGCCCAUCAUCCUUACCGGUGCUCCUGCCAUCAACAAGCUGCUCGGACGUGAGGUCUACACUUCCAACUUGCAGCUCGGUGGCACCCAGAUUAUGUACAAGAACGGUGUCUCCCACAUGACCGCUGCCAACGACUUUGACGGUGUUGAGAAGAUCGUCGACUGGCUCUCCUUUGUUCCCGAAAAGAAGGGUUCUCUUCCUCCCAUCCGGCCAUUCUCCGACACCUGGGAUCGCGACGUCGCUUACUAUCCUCCCGCCAAGCAGGCCUACGACGUCCGCUGGCUCAUUAACGGUAAGGAGGACGAGGAAGGCUUCCUCCCUGGUCUCUUCGAUGCCGGCUCUUUCGAGGAGGCUCUUGGUGGCUGGGCUCGCACCGUCGUUGUUGGUCGUGCUAGACUUGGCGGUAUCCCCAUGGGUGUCAUCGCUGUCGAGACUCGCUCUGUGGAGAACGUCACUCCUGCUGACCCGGCCAACCCCGACUCUAUGGAGAUGAUCUCCCAGGAAGCUGGUGGUGUCUGGUACCCCAACUCGUCCUUCAAGACUGCCCAGGCCCUCCGUGACUUCAACAACGGUGAGCAGCUUCCCGUCAUGAUCCUGGCCAACUGGCGUGGUUUCUCUGGUGGACAGCGUGAUAUGUAUAACGAGGUUCUCAAGUACGGUUCCUACAUCGUGGAUGCCCUCGUCAAGUACGAGCAGCCCAUCUUCGUUUACAUUCCUCCCUUCGGUGAGCUCCGUGGUGGAUCUUGGGUCGUCGUCGACCCCACCAUCAACCCUGACCAAAUGGAGAUGUACGCCGACGAGGAGGCCCGCGGUGGUGUUCUUGAGCCUGAGGGUAUUGUCAACAUCAAGUUCCGCCGUGAGAAGCAGUUGGAGACCAUGGCUCGCCUGGACCCCACUUACGGCGAACUUCGCCGCGCUCUCCAGGACAAGGACCUCAGCAAGGAGAAACUUUCCGAGAUCAAGGACAAGAUGGCUGCCCGCGAGGAGCAGCUCCUUCCUGUCUACAUGCAGAUCGCUUUGCAGUUUGCUGACCUCCACGAUCGCGCCGGCCGCAUGCAGGCCAAGGGGACCAUCCGCCAGGCCUUGACCUGGAAGAACGCCCGUCGCUUCUUCUACUGGCGUGUGCGCCGCCGUAUCAGCGAGGAGUACAUUGUCAAGCGCAUGCUCCGUGCCGCCCCCUCCCCUGUACAGGGUGAAGGCAGCGGAGCCGUCGCCCAGGGCGCCUCGCCUGCCCCCAGCGACUCUCCCCGCACCACUCACCUCCGCGCCCUGCACUCUUGGACCCCCUUCCUUGAGUCCGAGGUCGAGAACGAUGACCGCCGCGUCGCCACCUGGUACGAGGAGAACAAGGAGCUUAUUCAGGAGAAGAUCGAGGCUCUCAAGUCUCAAGCCGUCGCCGCUCAGAUCUCCGAGAUUCUCUUCAGCAACCGCGACAGCGGCCUGAAGGGCAUUCAGCAGGCUCUCAGCUUCCUCCCUGUUGAGGAGAAGGAGGCCAUCCUCAAGUCUCUCGGAGCCAAAUAG